AUGGCGAGCAUAGGCAAAGCCACGAUCGCAGAUCGUGUAGAUGCCUGCCUCUGCUUUUUCAAACGCCUCCUACCUUCCGACAACAACGUUGCAGGGGCAAGCGACAACCAAGGCAUGGAUCGAAAGCGGGACAGUAUGAGCCGAAGAUCACAUGAGCGUUCUGAAUUUGUGGGCUCCGCGUCAAGGUGUUUUCAUUCUGGGACAAGCUUCGAUUGA